UCUGAGCGUUUCCCUCCCUCCGGGGCUGGGCCUGCCCGGGCUGUCCCGGAGCCACCUUCCCGCCGCGCGCACGUUAGCUGUGUCGUGGCCACCGCCUCCAGGCAGCCCGCAGCAAGCCAGCUUUGCAGCCCUACAAGCGCAGCGCCCUCUCACCGCGAUGCUGUGCUUCCUCAGGGGAAUGGCCUUCGUCCCAUUCCUGCUGGUGACUUGGUCCUCCGCAGCCUUCAUCAUCUCCUACGUGGUCGCGGUGCUCUCUGGCCACGUCAAUCCCUUUCUCCCCUACAUCAGUGACACAGGAACGACGCCUCCAGAGAGUGGGAUCUUUGGGUUCAUGAUAAACUUCUCUGCAUUUCUUGGUGCAGCUACGAUGUACACAAGAUAUAAGAUAGUGGAGAAGCAGAACGAGACCUGCUACUUCGGCACCCCUGUUUUUAACUUGGUGUCAUUGGUUCUCGGAUUGGUGGGGUGUAUCGGAAUGGGCAUCGUAGCCAAUUUCCAGGAGUUAGCUAUGCCGGUCAUCCAUGACGGUGGAGCCCUUCUGGCUUUCGUCUGUGGUGUGGUUUACACGCUCCUGCAGUCUAUCAUAUCCUACAAAUCAUGUCCCCACUGGAACAGCCUCACCACGUGCCACGUCCGGAUGGCCAUCUCCACUGUCUCCUGCGCAGCCGUCGUCCCCAUGAUUGCCUGUGCUUCCCUAAUUUCGAUAACCAAGCUGGAAUGGAACCCAAAAGAAAAGGACUACGUGUAUCAUGUAGUGAGCGCCAUCUGUGAAUGGACCGUGGCCUUUGGUUUUAUUUUCUAUUUCCUAACGUUCAUCCAAGAUUUCCAGAGCGUCACCCUUAGGAUAUCCACAGAAAUCAAUGAUGACUUUUGAAAGGGCGAGAAUCCUGUCUCACCCAGUGAAGGUCACACCACGCAGUUUCUGGAAGUGGCACAGAGGACGGACGGGCUUGGAUGUCACCCAGAUCGGGACACAUCUGUGGCACAUCCAGGACUUGAAUUUCAUUAAGAAUUCCUAAUAGUUGGUCUAUUUACAAAGGUAUGUUUUCCUAGACAAGUGGAUAGCAUCGAUGGCACGGUAGCAAUAUUUUUAUACCUAAGGCACUCUUUAUAUGAACAAAUUCAUAUAUGCGGAAAAGAUGAGGCGUAACAGAAAAUGGAGGAUUAUUUUUAUAUAGAUUCUUUAGACUUUAUAUAGGAAUGAUUUAUGAAAAUACAUGAAGAGAAAAAAAUAUUUAGUACUCUUUU